UUGAAGGGAUUUGAUUGAACAGGCUUGUAGCUGACACUGGCUUUAUAUGUUGACAAUCAAUCCAAUAUUUCCCAAUUUUAAAUAUAUUUUUUCUUUGGGAAGUUCGCUUUAAUUUGACUGGAUUUUCUUUUCAAUUUUGAAAAACAACAUUUAUUUUUGUAAUGGUAGGGAACCCCCAGAGGCUGGAUGGAAUUUUAUCUGUCUUUCUUCAGACAUGCUUCCUGUGAACCGAAGUGUUUGUGGAAACGCUCAGGAGCCUUCAGAGGCGCUGACUGCGGGACAUAAGUAGCUCUCCAGGGUGCUGAAGUUGUCUCCAAACGAGACAGACGCACUGCCGCAGCCUUCUGCCUGCAGCCUGUCACUUUCAGCUGAUAAUCCAAACACAAUGAAUUGGCUGUGUCUUCAGCGGAGCAACACCGUGGAUGCUUGGGGACAAUAGCUAAAGUUUUGGGAUGGUUAAAUAACGGAAUAUUUUGAAUCAGAAAAACAGAUCCUCCGGAACACCUGUAUGACUGCCUCAUUGGACCUGAAGCUGGCAUGAUGGCGCCAAAUAAGUGGUUAAUUCAAUAGUGAACAUGAAAAUUCACUAUCUUGGACAUCCUGGAAGGACAAUGCAAAAUAUUCAUCCACCUUUCAGAGGGGGGCUGUGGGAGUCCAACCAUCCAUUUAUGCCAAUAAUUAAAAGCAGAACAACUUUAACGACACUGCCCUUUUAUAAUUUUCUGUUAUGGGUCCUCCUCGGAGUAUUGACAUUCCCUUGUUGUGUCCGCUGUUUAAUAUUCAAAGUGGGGGUCCUGGGCCCUUGGAACUGUGACCCUGUGCAGUACAAGGCUCUGCCGGCUGCAGCUGCAAGGCUUGCUGUAAACAGAAUAAACGGAGACCUCAAUCUGGAUCUAGGCCUUCAAAUGGACUUUAUCAUCCUCCAGGAACCUUGCGAAACCUCCACAGCUCUCACAGCAUUUAUUUACAAUGAGAACAAGGCGGAUGCGUUUAUUGGCCCCACCAACCCGGGGUACUGUGUUGCCGCCUCUCUGCUGGCCAAGAACUGGGAUAAGGCCCUCUUCUCUUAUGGCUGUGUUAACUAUGAGCUGGACAGGGUCAUAGGAUACCCAACCUUUUCCAGGACAAUACCUUUUCCCUCUGAGGUGCUGUUCAUCGUGCUGAAACACUUUAGGUGGGCCAGUGUUGUGGUGGUCUCAUCCAAUGAGGACAUCUGGAGGGAUGCUGCUGCAAGAGUUGCUACUGCUCUCAGAGGUGAGGGGCUUCCUGUUGGCCUGGUUACAUCCAUUGGCAUGAAUGAGACAGAGGUGGAGAGCACACUGAGGAAAAUCAAGGAAGCAGGAGAAAUCAGGGUCAUCAUCAUGUGCAUGCACUCAGUCCUCAUUGGAGGGGAGCAGCAGGCUACCUUUCUUCUGAAAGCACAGGAAAUGGGCCUGACUUCAGGGAAGUAUGUCUUCAUGCCCUACGACACCCUACAUUACAGCCUGCCCUACACGAACGUCUCGUACUUCCCUCUGCAAAACAACAGCAGGCUGAGGGAGGCCUAUGAUGCUGUGCUCACCGUCACCAUGGUCGAACCUCUGUCCUUCAACGAGGCGUUCGCUGCCGCCAAGUCGAGUCAGGAAAUCACACUAGACGUGCAGCCUGAGAAGGUUAACCCACUAUUUGGGACUAUCUAUAACAGCAUCUACCUGCUGGCCAAGUCCAUCCACAAUGUCAGGAUGGCAGGAAAGCUGAUGUCAGGAUCCAACCUGGCGUUAUUCACAAAGAACACAAACUUCUCUGGCUUUAACCAGAAGAUCGCGGUGGACGCUUCUGGGGGCGUUAUGACCCAGUAUGUCAUCCUGGACUCUGACAGCAUUGGAAGCCAGCUUUACCAGGCCUAUUCAUUGGAUCUUAAGGCCAGAGUGCUUCGUUUUUCUGGCAGUUCUAUUCAUUUUCCUGGAGGAUAUCCUCCUCCAUCUGAUUCAAGCUGCUGGUUUGACAAAAACAUCCUCUGCACGGGAGGUGUGGAGGUCACCUACAUCAUAGUGGUGUUUGCUGUCAUCUUGUCUAUGGCUGUUGGAGGGCUCCUUAUUGGUCUUUACAUCAGGAGGAGACUCCAACAAAUCCAACUGAUCAAAGGUCCUAAUCGGAUCCUCCUGACUUUAGAAGAUCUCACUUUUAUCGAUCCUCAGCCUAGCAACAAGAAACUUACCUUAGAAGAUCUAGGAGACUCCAAGAGCGCUCUAGAGGAGAAAUCUGGAGACCGCUCACACUCUAUGAACAGCAUAGAGUCAACAACUCAUGAGACCACCAAUGUAGCCGUGUACGAGGGCGACUGGGUGUGGCUGAGGAAAUUUAAGAACGGUCAGUUCAAAGAAGUGAAACAGAGCACCACCAAGAUUUUCACAAAGAUGAAAGACCUGAGAAACGAGAAUGUGAAUCCGUUCCUUGGCUUCUUUUUGGACUGCUCUAUGUUUGCGGUGGUGACGGAGCACUGCUCCCGGGGCAGUCUGCAGGACCUGCUGAGGAAGGAGGACGUCAAAUUAGACUGGAUGUUCAAGUCCUCGCUUUUGCUCGACCUCAUCAAGGGUAUGAAAUACCUUCACCACAAAGAAUUCCCUCAUGGGAGACUGAAAUCUCGUAACUGUGUGGUGGACGGGCGUUUUGUCCUGAAGAUUACUGACCAUGGCUUCAAUGAGCUGCUGGAUGCUCAAAAAGCUCCUUUAGAAGAACCUCCACCUGAAGAGUUAUUUUGGACAGCUCCAGAGUUUUUAAGGGACACUGCGAACUCUCGCAAAGGCACCUACAAGGGAGACGUGUACAGCUUCUCCAUCAUCCUUCAAGAGGUGGUGGUCAGAGGGCCUCCAUACUGCAUGCUGGGCCUGACACCCGAGGAGAUCAUCCGUAAGGUGAAGAAGCCUCCGCCCAUGUGCCGCCCCACUGUGGCCCCGGACCAGGCUCCUCUGGAGUGUAUCCAGCUGAUGAAGCAGUGCUGGAGCGAAAUGCCAGAGCGCAGACCAACCUUUCAUGAGAUCUUUGACAGGUUCAAGAUUAUCAACAAGGGGAAGAAGACAAACAUCAUUGACUCCAUGCUGAGGAUGCUGGAGCAGUACAGCUCCAACCUGGAGGAUCUUAUCAGAGAGAGAACAGAAGAGCUGGAGGCGGAAAAACAGAGAACAGAAAAACUGCUGUCAGAGAUGCUGCCACCUUCUGUGGCCGAGGCCCUGAAGACCGGAGCCACAGUGGAGCCAGAAUACUUUGACCAGGUGACGAUCUACUUCAGUGACAUCGUAGGUUUCACCACCAUCUCCUCGCUCAGUGAUCCAAUCGAGGUGGUCGACCUUCUCAAUGACCUCUACUCUCUGUUUGACGCCGUGCUCAGCAACCAUGAUGUUUACAAGGUGGAGACCAUUGGGGAUGCUUACAUGGUAGCAUCGGGUUUGCCAAAAAGAAACGGCAACAAGCACGCGGCUGAGAUUGCCAACAUGUCUCUGAACAUCCUCAGCUCGGUAGGAACCUUCCACAUGCGGCACAUGCCAGACGUGCCCGUCAGGAUACGCAUAGGCAUCCACUCAGGGCCCUGUGUUGCUGGUGUGGUCGGGCUGACGAUGCCCCGGUACUGCCUUUUUGGAGACACCGUCAACACUGCGUCUCGUAUGGAAUCCACUGGGCUGCCUUAUAGAAUCCAUGUUAACAUGAACACUGUGAAAAUCCUCCAUUCUCUAAACGAAGGUUACAAAAUAGAUGUGAGAGGCAAGACAGAGCUGAAGGGUAAAGGUAUUGAAGAGACAUACUGGCUUGUAGGGAAAACAAACUUUACAAAGCCUUUGCCAAACCCGCCAGAGAUCAAACCGGGGGACAACUGGCAGGAAAUGGUGACUGAGGAGAUCAAGACUCAUUUUCGCGAGGCCAACAGGCAGGUGGAUAAAAAGCUCUGAAAGACAGGAAGAGAAGGAAACCAGAGGAAGGACAGACAGAAGGACACAUCCUGAGAAAUAAAGAGCUGGGGGUUGAGGAUGCAGCGCACCACCCAGUCUCUCACUGUGGCUUAGUGCAGACUUGUUUAAGAGGAUUGUCCCUGGACUGGCUAAUCUGCCUGCAACCAGCACAGCAGAACAUAACGGUGCUAAUGUAAUGAGAGUCGUCCUUCGCAUUACCUGCCUACGUACCUGCUGCCAGCAGUGCGGGGAAGGUGAACUGCUCCUUAAUGAAGGAUGCACUUAUUCACUCCUCUUAUUCACUCCUCCCUGCACUCACCGGCCACUGAGUGGUCACCUAUUUCACCCAUCUGAAGAUUGAAUGCCCCAAACGCCUGUUUCAAAAUGAAAUGUUAUUUCUUUCAGGGGGUAAUAUCUCUUUUUAGUUUGCCACGAAAGCUCAUAAUAGAGUCAUGGAGCUAAGGAUGUUACUGUGUUGUGGCCAGGUAUAUGAUAUUAGACGUUUGAGACAAAGACUGCUAUUAUAUGAUCAUCAAAAGAGAGAAUAUUUACCACUCAUGUUUCUACUUUGAUCGAGAAAAAUGACAAGGAAUAUUAAGAAUUAAAGACAAUUCCUAAAAACUGUAAAACUCUAAAAUAGAGCUGUAACCUUAUUUUUACACAAAUGAAAGUGUGACUCUGUAAUGAAAAUGCAACAAAACUAUUAGUUUUCUUUUCAUAUAGAUUUAUAUGAAAUGCAGUUUUGAGGUCCUUUAGAUAUGUAUCGCCAUUCUGUCACACGUGGUCCAUCCUAACUCUCUCUGAACCAAUGACAUACUGCUGUGCUUAAUCUAAAUCUUUUUCUUUUAAAUGAGGAAAUAGGAGUCUGGGUUUGUAUUUUACAGAGAUAUGUUCAUUGGAGUUCAUGAAUAUAUUGAACAAGCACAACACAGGGUUAUAUGUGUUUCUCUUCAUAUGUAUAUUUGUAAAUCCAUGCAUUUCCAAAGGUUGCACGUUGCAGAGUAAAUGAACAACAGAACAUAUUUUAAAUACAUUUAGCACAUAAACAUAGCAAAAACAUCCAUGGCGACAAAAAAUAAAAAUAGGCAUACUCACCUGUUGCCUUUUUACAGUGCAUAGACGGAUUGAUUGUUGAGUUACUGCAAGCACCGAAGUGUCCGUACACCUGACAGCUGUAUAUGUAUCAAUACAGGUAAAAACACAGCAUAGGAAAGUAUGUUGAAAGUAAAAUCAAUGGCUAUUUAUAGAGCAAACCAAAUGACUACCAUAUCAUAAAAGACGACCUAGAAUAAGUAUACUUUUGCAUUAAUAUCGCAAGAAGUGACAUCAAGUUAGAUCUCUGUGUCAAAUGAAGAGAAGUGUGUUUAUUGUGAGGACGAUAAUGUGCUAAUUGUUGUGCAAAUCUCGGCUUAAGUGUGUCAUAUACAGAGUGUCAAUAUCAAUGAUUGUAUGUCAUUUCGAUAGGUUAGCAAUAAAAUAAAACAGGGCUACAGUUUGUAGCCCUAGUUGUUUAAGGAGGUAUGAAACGUUUAAAGAUUUUCCUCACGAUGCAAGAUGUCUGAGAGUUGUGCAGCCGCUGAAGAGCCCCAUCUAGUGUUCAACAUUACGAUUUCUAAGGAGCAUUAAGUGGUUUUGUUUUUUAUUAUUGACAGAAUGCUUCUGAGUAAAAAAGAUAUGCAAUUUAUCAAACAAGGACAUAUACUGUAGGUAUGGGAAUACCAGAGGAUGCACAUUUAACAUCAUUUGAACCUCAAGAGAUAAUAUCAAAAACUUCCCGGUUUUGGAUAAAUAAAGUACUUCUGAUAUUAAAAUGUGUUCUUUGAUAGAAAUGUUUUUCUAGAGCUGUUAUGACCCAAACCCCUAAAUAUUGAUUCAGCUCUAAAUAUAAUUAUACUCUUUUUUUUUUUUUAAUAGUCCUCUGCAUUUCAUCAUCUUAAUAUUGGUAAUAUAAGACAUUUUAUUCAUGUUUUGGUGUCAAAACAACAACAGAGUCAGUCAGAAACAUGUAUAUUGUGUAAUCUAUGUUGUUAAUUGUCUUGUAAAUAUAACUGCAAUGCAAAGAAUACUUGUGUGGAAUAUCACUUCAUUAAAACAUUUAAAA